AUGGCGGUUGCCAGGAAAAUCAAAACUUUAUUGACGGUGAACAUCUUGGUUUUCGUGGGCAUCAUCCUCUUCUCGGUCUACUGCAGGAUCCAGGACCGCUCCCAGGAGCUGGUGCAGAUCGUCCGGAGCGCUGACCGACGGAUGAGGGGAAGGAAUGCCAAAGUGGGAGCCCUGCUGGACAGGGAAGCCAUCCUGCAACGGUUGGAUCAUCUGGAGGAAGUGGUGUACAACCAACUCAAUGGUCUAGCCAAGCCAAUGGGAUUAGUUGAAGGCCCAGGAGGUUUGGGCCAAGGAGGAAUGGCUGCCACACUGAGAGAUGACAGCCAUGAAUCUGAAACGAAAUACGAAGAAUAUGGUUAUAAUGCGCAACUGAGCGAUCGAAUUUCCUUGGACAGAUCUAUUCCAGACUAUAGACCCAAAAAGUGCAAACAGAUGUCCUAUCCCGAAGACCUCCCUCAAGUCUCGGUGGUCUUCAUUUUUGUAAAUGAAGCCCUGUCUGUCAUCCUACGCUCAGUUCACAGCGUUGUGAAUCACACGCCAUCCCACUUGCUCAAGGAGGUCAUUCUGGUGGACGACAACAGCGACAACGUUGAGCUGAAAUUUAAUUUGGAUCAAUACGUCCACAAAAGAUACCCAGGUUUGGUGAAAAUAGUCCGCAAUAAUAAACGAGAAGGGUUGAUCCGAGCAAGAAUCCAAGGAUGGAAAGCUUCGACGUCUCCAGUUGUUGGUUUUUUUGAUGCUCACGUUGAAUUCAACACUGGCUGGGUGGAACCAGCCCUGACCCGGAUUAAAGAGGACCGCAAACGGAUUGUCCUACCUGCUAUAGACAACAUCAAGUACAAUACUUUUGAAGUGCAACAGUAUGCCAAUGCUGCCCACGGCUACAAUUGGGGUCUUUGGUGCAUGUACAUCAUCCCACCACAGGACUGGCUGGACAGAGGAGAUGAGUCUGCACCUAUCAGGACACCAGCCAUGAUUGGGUGUUCGUUUGUGGUGGAUCGAGAGUACUUUGGAGAGAUUGGCCUGCUUGAUCCGGGCAUGGAGGUUUACGGAGGAGAAAACAUUGAACUCGGUAUGAGGGUACGCAACAGCAAAGCCAGUGGCUACUGCUUGGACCAGGGCGCAGAAGAUGACAAUAAAGCGAUCCUCUAUCCGUGCCACGGAAUGUCUUCCCAGCUCGUCCGUUACAGCACCGAAGGAUUGUUGCAACUGGGCCCAAUGGGAUCCACAGCGUUCCUACCUGACUCAAAAUGUCUCAUAGAUGAUGGGAAAGGAAGGACCCCCGCACUGAAGAAAUGCGAAGAUACGCUGAGACCAACUCAGAGACUCUGGGACUUCACACAGAAUGGCCCCAUCAUCAACCGAGAUACAGGCCGGUGUCUGGAAGUAGAAAUGUCUAAAGAUGCCAACUUUGGACUUAGAUUGGUAGUACAGAGAUGCUCGGGGCAAAAAUGGAUGAUCAGAAACUGGAUAAAACAUGGAAGGCAUUGAUUUUCCAAGCGUCAAAGUACAAAGGAUGUCUCUUCUCCAAAUCCCAUGUGCUUAAUCUCUCCAAUGGUUGGGUAGAUUAAAAUAGGAUUCAGACAAAGAAACCAGGAUGGCUAUAAGAAGAAAGCCAACAUACGGUUUUGGGGUGUUAUUCUUACUUUUUUUUUUUUUUAAAGGAACAACGUGGAUUGGUCUUGUCAAUGUCAAAAAAGGCUGAUCUAGAGGACACUGA